AUGGCUUCUUACAAAGUCCAGGUGGCCACUGGGGACUUCUUGGGUUCGGGAACCUUCAGUUCUGUCUCCAUCACUCUGGUGGGCUCCAAAGGCGAGGGUCAGAAGCUACCACUGAAUAAUUUGGGGAAGGAUUUCAUCCCAGGAGCGGUGGACGAGUACGAGGUGUCCAGCGACCAAGACCUGGGCCCGCUUCUGCUCAUCCGUCUCCACAAAGAGCCCUCCAUGUUCUUUGCAAAGGACAGCUGGUACUGCAGCUUCGUCAAGCUGAUAAACCCGCAAGGAGAGACCUACCACUUCCCCUGCUACCAGUGGAUCGAAGGGCACCGGACCCUGGAGCUGAGGGAAGGCACAGGCAAACUGGCUUGCGAUGAUGCAGGAAACCCGUUGCUUCUGCGCCGCCGGGCAGAGGGGCUGCAGGUGCGGCAAGAUUGUUAUAGCUGGGCGGAAUUUGCUCCAGGGAUGCCGCAGUGCCUGGCCGUGGAGAGCAUCGAAGAGAUGGACACCAACAUGAAGUUCUCCUUCACCAAGCUGAGCACCUUUCUCCUGCGCUCAAAGCUCACGAAAGUAGAGAUGAAACUGAAGGGCCUCUUGGGCUGCCAGGAGUCUUGGCAAAAGCUGGAGGACAUCCGCCGGGUUUUCUGGUUCAAUAAAACACCUGUCUCAGAAUACGUUGCUGAUCACUGGAUGGACGAUGCAUUCUUUGGCUACCAGUACCUGAACGGGGUGAACCCGGUGGUGAUCCGGAAAUGCACUGAGAUCCCAGCCAACUUUCCUGUCACUCAAGAGAUGGUAGCCAGGUCCCUGGCGGCAGGUACAUCCCUUCAGCAGGAGGCACAGAAGGGGAAUCUCUUCCUCGUGGAUUACAAGAUCCUCCGGGGCAUCCCUACCAACACCAUCCAAGGCCAGCCGCAGUAUAUGGCCGUUCCGCUCUGCCUGUUGUACCAGACGCCUUCCGGGGACCUCAUGCCCGUCGCAAUCCAGCUCAGCCAAACCCCAGGUCCCAACAGCCCCAUUUUCCUUCCCAGUGACCCGGAUCUGGACUGGACCUUGGCCAAGAUGUGGGUGCGAAAUGCCGACUUCCACGUCCACCAGAAUAUCUCUCACCUCCUGCGGACUCACCUGAUAGCCGAGGUCUUUGCUCUGUCCAUGCUGAGGCAGCUGCCAAUGUGCCACCCGCUCUUCAAGCUCCUCCUCCCCCACUUACGAUACACCCUCCAGAUCAACGCGUUCGCCAGGGUCCGGCUGAUCGCAAAAGGAGGCAUGAUGGAUCAGGCCACCUCUGCAGGCUACAAAGGAAUCGUGCCCAUCGUAGGGAAAGGCACCCAGGAGAUGACCUAUGCCUCCCUCUGCCUCCCGGAUGACAUCGAGGCCCGGGGGGUCACCUCCGUCUCUAAUUACUACUACCGGGACGAUGGUCUGAAGAUCUGGGCUGCCAUCGAGAGCUUUGUCUCAAAGGUCGUCCAGUUCUAUUACAAGCACGGUGACCACGUCCAAAGUGACCUAGAGCUGCAGGCCUGGGUCCAGGAGAUCUAUAAAGAAGGCUUCAAGAGCAGGAAGUCCUCGGGUGCCCCCUCCUCGCUGAAGACCCCGGAGGAGCUCGUUAAGUUCCUGACGAUGGUGAUUUUCACCUGCUCGGCACAACACGCUGCUGUCAACAGUGGUCAGUAUGACUUCGGCGCUUGGAUCCCCAACAUCCCGCCUUCCAUGAGGAGACCCCCACCGACGGUCAAGGGCACCGUGACCUGGGAGCACAUCCUGGAGACCAUUCCCCCAAUCGACGUCACUUGCAUCGCCUUGAGUUCGCUGUGGCUGCUCAGCACUGAGGCGGGAGACCGGAGACCUCUGGGAUACUAUCCAGACCAGCAUUUCUGUGAGGAAGAGCCCAAAUGGUUCAUCAAGGAGUUUCAGGACCGCCUGGCUGAGAUUUCCGAGGAGAUCAACGAAAGGAACAAAUCUCUGCCCCUCCCAUACAACUACUUGAACCCUCCUGAGGUCGAGAACAGCAUCUCCAUCUAGAUUGGGUGUGAAAUCUUGACUGUGGAAACUUAAACUUGCUGACAGAACAGCCCCCCUGCAACAGCCCAGCCAAUCGCUAUCAGUAACGUAACCAAGCGUAACUGAGUUUGGCCAAUAAACUCAAUAAAAUCAGUAACGUAACCAACGUAACUGAGUUUGGCCAAUAAACUCACAAGACUUAAAAAGCGAGGCAGAGCAUCUGAGAAAAUCAGAAAGAUGUUUCAAAUCAAACGAUUACAGGCAACAACAGGUACGUGGGAAAUAACAACAUCAACUCACUACGUUCUCACUGAAGUCCUACACAGCAUGGUAGUUUUUGAGGCCGCAGCGACUUAGAGCACCAACAUUUUCAAGUUUUUCUGUCCUCGGUAGAAUGUGGGCAUUAGGAAACCAAAUAGCAAGAAAGGAGAACAGCUACGAAGGGCGGGCUUAGGAAAUAAAGUAAUAUCGCAACCCUAGAUUUAGAAAUCUCUAAAGCUGCUCUAAAGAUUCAGAAAGGGCAGCAACUUUUCCAGCAGAGGUGUCAGUGGGUGCUACGGAGCCCAUGGGCAACUUGUUGGAUACUCCUGGAGUCAACAAUAAUGGCUUUGAUGGACCAAAGGUCUCCUUUUGAGUAGGUGCAUGCAAUUUUCCUGCAAAGUUCAUUCACUGAGAAACAAACAUAGCACGUCCGUUGCAUUACUCCGAGUGGCCUCUAGGUGGUGCCAUUGCUUUCCUCCUGGGUUUUUCCAAGGGAUUCUCUUUGAAGUUUGCAGGACCUACAUUUUAAUACUGAGAGUCCUAAUUCCCAUCUAAAUUUAAUACAAGUAAUUUUCUUUUAAUCUUCCUCAAGUCCCUUUCAUUAUAGUCCUUUGGCCAAAUUUAAUUUUUCUCCAAAUCUCCAAAUCUCAUCUUAGGCAGGGCUUCUCCACGCAGCAAACCUACCUUCUCAUCAGAGCAGAUUUUCAGUUGCGCAAUAUAUUCGCUACAUUAUUACCCAGGUGUGGUUUUCAUAAACUCCAGCUCUGCUGCGUUUUUGAUGGGCGAAAGCACGGAUCUUCCCGAUCCGGGCAAACAGCAACCUUUUUUCUCCAGUUUGCUGGGAAUCCAAACCUGAACGAGUACACCAUGCCCGCCUCGAGUUUUUUUACUCUUUCUUUAGUGGGUUUUCACAGAGACAAGCUGUUUAUUUUUCAGAAUUGUUCAGGAAGAAAUGUUUAUGAAAGAAAUGGAGUUGUAGUAUAACAAAAUGGUUUUGGGAGGUGGUUAGAAAAGGAAUGGGAUUGUGAAUUGUGCGUAGUAGGUAUUGUUUGCCUGUUUGUAUCAUUCUGUAUUUGAUGAAUUGUUUUCUACUUACAUAAUACCAUUUUUUUAGUAUGGCUUAAUGUGUCAGGUCUAAUGUUUUCCAACUUUUGUAAUCCUAGGCCUAUGUUGCCUAUUA